CGAGAGAGCUGCGCGUGACGUCGACGUUGUCGUCGUCGCGGUUAUACGCGACAAUCUAUAUAGUCGUCUCUGUAGUAUAAUAGAGAUUGUCGUGCGAAUCGCGCAAAACUGCGCGAGAGGCGUGAUGCGCAAAAAGUGUAAUCGAUGUGAUGUUUUGCGAGGGUUAUAACGAGAAUGCCGAUACAGGCACCACAGUGGACUGAAUUCCUGUCAUGUCCAAUCUGCUGCCAUGACUUUGACGUGGCUGUACGUGGCCCCAUAUCACUCGGCUGUGGCCACACCAUAUGUCGCGCUUGCUUGGCCAAUCUACACCGCAAGCAGUGCCCUUUUGAUCAGAGCAUUAUCAAUACCGAUAUCGAGAAACUACCUGUAAAUGAGGCACUGUUACAAUUGCUGGGCAAUCCAAUUCCCACUGCUGCUCCAUCAGCAUCGACAUCAAAUCAACAGCAGAAUUACCAGAAGCUUCUUCCAAUCGACCAACAUGCUAAUUAUCUGAGGGCCAAGAGUUGCAUUGAAGAGCUUGCACUUUAUCUGAAACCAUGUCAAAUUACUAAUACCGCAGGUAUUGGGAGUGGUGGCGGGGGAUUGGUGUCACGGCCCAUGCAACGUAAACUGGUGACGUUGUUAGGUUGUCAGCUAGUAGAACCAGAAGGCAGGGCGCGCGCAUUGCGUGCCGCCCGUAGUCUUGGUGAACGAACCGUCACAGAGCUUAUAUUACAGCACCAGAAUCCUCAGCAACUCAGCGCCAAUCUUUGGGCAGCUGUACGUGCCCGUGGUUGUCAAUUCCUUGGACCAGCAAUGCAAGAGGAGGUUCUCAAGCUCGUACUACUGGCUUUGGAGGAUGGCUCUGCUUUAUCGCGUAAGGUGUUGGUAAUGUUUGUAGUACAGCGUCUGGAACCUCAUUUUCCGCAAGCUAGUAAGACCAGUAUUGGACACGUGGUGCAGCUUCUAUACCGGGCGAGCUGUUUCAAGGUAUCAAAGCGCGAAGGUGACUCAUCGCUGAUGCAAUUAAAGGAAGAGUUUCGCACUUACGAAGCUCUGAGACGAGAGCAUGAUGCACAGAUUGUACAGAUAGCCACGGAAGCGGGCUUGCGCAUUGCCCCUGACCAAUGGUCAGCGCUGCUCUAUGGCGAUACCGCUCACAAGUCGCAUAUGCAAAGCAUCAUCGAUAAGUUGCAAACACCACAGUCGUUCGCUCAGAGUGUCCAGGAGCUUGUGAUAGCGUUGCAACGUACUCCUGAUCCCGGACAACUGAGCGGUCUCAGGCCUCAAUUGGAACUAUUAGCUGCCAUCGAUCCUAGUCCAGAAACAGAACCACCGAGCUUGACCGAAUGUCGGGCGGCUCUAGAAGCCGUGAGAAUAGUGGUGGCUACAUUAGUGGACUUUGUCCGACAACAUGGAAGCAGUGGCACGUGCGGUAGCAAUCGGAAAUCAGCGACGCAGGAUAGUGGUGGUGGCGGCGGGCUCGGCGGGGGCUCGUGUCCGGGUUCAGCGACCGGCAAAUACAAAGUCAGCAUGUGCAGAGACCUGGCACUACGCGGCACUUGCCCACGAUCCAACAAUUGUACUUUCGCUCACAGCGAUACAGAGCUUGAUAAGUAUAGAUCAAAAAAUCGUAAAUUAAGUGUCAGAGCGAAUUCAAAUCAGACGGAAUCAAAGAGUGAGAAGAACAAGAUUUUCAAUAAGCAGCAAAACGGUGAUUUAACGACUUAUCAUUCCGCCAAAGCACACGAUAGAGAUACAGUGGUGCAACAUUCAACGCCUGUUCCGACCAACUUGGAAAAUAAUUUGAUUGACUCAUUGACAUCGACCUACAUGUUGCCGCUGACACCUCCGCAAAAUUUGCCUCAUCUCAGUCUCUGCUCUGUGAAGGGAGGAACCAUGAUAGACAGUGGAGGACCUCCUGGUGUCCAUUGUCCUGGGCAUUACAUAAUGCCACCAGGACCCGUUCCCACGGUUGAUUAUGGACCUUCGUUGACAACCGCAACAAAUCUCGGAAUGUGGGACACUCCGCAAAUUGCAAAUCAGAGAACGGCAGUGGCAAAAACGAUGUUGGCGAUGUUGUUGCAACGCAAGAUGGAGAUUCUACAUCAAUUGGAAAUGAUUGGCGGCAAACAGCAACAGCAACAACUAAUAUCACCGCAAAUGAAAACGAAUUAUGACAUUCAGCAAGAGGGUGAUUUAUUGACUACACCCAACAAUUAUUCGAUAUGGACCGCUGCAAAUACCUUUCGCUGUUCACCCGGAACGGAUCCACCGCCGCCGCCUCCAUCGGCUUCGCAUCUACUCGACGAUGACAACCCCUUUAUAUCUCCAUUGGACAUAUCUCCCGCGACCUCCUUGCCACCAGUUAACAAACAGGCACCUAUUUCGAGACUGUCUAAAACACUGAUAAGAUCUCCCUACAACGGAACUCUGCAGCAUCUCUACAAUGAGGGAGUUGAUCCUACUCCUAUCCCCGCACUGUCUACUGCAUUCAGAUCUCCAAACUCUGUAACCUCUUGGUACUACAGCAAUCAACCGUACGCAACGGUUGGUGUGAAUGGGAUACAAUCAAUGGCACCAACGAAUCCCGGUGAUGGUGACAGCGGUUUCACCGGUGAUAAUUACGUCGCCCUCAGUCGCAAUAUCAUUACACCAGAAUCAUUAUCGCAAUUCUCGAGAUCGGAAUGUACGUCAAAAGAUUUGAUUUUGGAAUCACAGAAAGUAAAGCAGCAACUCAGACAUCUGGAAAAAAAGAUCAAUGACUUAAAGUUGGCUACACAAGGAGCUACUACUUUCGUCACUGCGGGCGAGCGGCUGACGCAAGAAUUGCGAAUGAUCGAAGCGGGUAUCAGAGAAAGGGAGAGAGAUGUACGAAAUUGGAGCAAUCCAUACGGCGGUGGUACCGGUACUACCACUAUCCCUUGGAUCCAGCAAUCCUCUAAUGAUUGGUUAUCAAAUCAAGAAUAUAAUACGGAUUACAAAACUGAGGAGGAAGAUACAUACGAAGCUGGGAUAGCAAACGAUAUGCGCGAGUUAGAACUGCGAUGGGAAUUUGAGCUGCGCGAACAGGAGAAGCAUUGGUCCAGUGGAGGCGAGAAGGAUACCAUCACCUCCAAGAAUAAGCAAUAGGACGCCAAUCUCCUGUCCUUUUUUCUCCUUUAGUUUUCCUUUUUCAUCCAUCUUUUGAGAAACGUGUAUUUUUACAUGUUAAAAUCCAUUUCCGAUUCUAUCUCCUCUGAUUAUAAUAAUAUUGAUUGAGGGUAAGUAGAAUUCCUUCAAUCUACGAAAGUCGGGGAAUAUAUACACGUAGGCGUACGGACCUAAAUCUUUUCUUGAGUAUUUUUCACGUUAAUUAAAAUGUCAUAUAUUAAAAAACGAUUUUAAGUCUGAAAUGAUAAUUUUAAUUAUCAACUGCGUUGAAUGCAUCAGUUCUCGACUGUUGAAAUUAAGUAGCAAUAACGCCACAAAUACUUGGGCUAAAUAACUACGUCAGCUUGCGGGAAAAAACGUCAGAUUUAAUAUAAUUUGUGUCGUUAACAUAAAUGAAUAUAAUUCAUUUAAUAUAAUUUCCAAAUUAAAAAUCUUGAUUGAUCUCUUAAACUGACCUGUUGUCUCUUUUUAAUUUAUGAAAGAGAUAAAUAGGUGAGAUAGUAAAAUUUGCAAAAGAAAGAUAUAUUUAUUUUUAUGGGAUUUGUUAAAAAUUUAGCUUAACACGCGGUCAGUGUUUUAUAAACAAUGACUCCGCGGGAGUAUACUGGCGCGAAGAAGAAUAUAUUAAUUAACAUAUUUAAUUAUAUGCAGAUUUCGUAUACUCUAUAUUGAUGAUACGAUAUCACAUAUACAUAUAAUGAAUAUUACAUUCGAAAAGAAUGCUGAUCGCGCUUGACCUGAUCGAUAAGGUUACACUCUGCGAUGAUAAUAACAACACGUUAUUACAUUAUAUGCUUAUACAUAUAUUGUAGAUACAUGUGCUAAAGAAGAAAUCGCGUUCCUUUUGAAGGACGCUAUAUUUAUAGAAUUUCUAUAUUCCGAAGACG